GGUGGGUGUCGGCUGGCGGCCAGUGCUUGGUCCUGGGCCGGGACUGGGGGACUGGCGGCGCGCCGGGGCCAAGGGCCGGGACAGGUGGGUCCGCUCGCUGCCUCUCGCGCGCAGCGGCGGUGGCAGGCUCUGGCGAGCCCCGCGGGUGGAACGAUCGGCUGGACCACGGCCCGGGGCCCGGCCCGCUGUCAACCGGCAAGAUGCUCUUCUCGCUCCGGGAGCUGGUGCAGUGGCUAGGUUUCGCGACCUUCGAGAUCUUCGUGCACCUGCUGGCCUUGUUGGUGUUUUCCGUGCUCUUAGCACUGCGUGUGGACGGCCUGGCUCCUGGCCUCUCCUGGUGGAACGUGUUCGUGCCCUUCUUCGCCGCUGACGGACUCAGCACCUACUUCACCACCAUCGUGUCCGUGCGCCUCUUCCAGGACGGAGAGAAGCGGCUGGCCGUGCUCCGCCUCUUCUGGGUCCUCACGGUCCUUAGCCUCAAGUUCGUUUUCGAGAUGCUGUUGUGCCAGAAGCUGGUGGAGCAGACUCGGGAGCUCUGGUUUGGCCUGAUCACGUCUCCGGUCUUCAUUCUGUUGCAGCUGCUCAUGAUUCGCGCUUGCCGGGUCAACUAGCCUGCAGAGGGGCCGGGGAGGGAGCCCUGGACAGCUAGAAUGCUGGACUCCUAGCCUGACCCUCCUUCCUCUGCACCAUCGGAGAGGUCUCUGUCUGAAGACAAUACCCAGUUUUCUUUACACCGAUCGUGUCUGAAAUUAUUCCCACAGCAGGGCCAAACAGACCAGUCUUGACCCUUAAAAUGCAUUUCCUAUUGCUCUCAACUUUGAGCUGCAAAUCCUGGGUUGACCUGAGAAGGGUCCCAGGCCAGAAACGCCUCUGACUGUUGGACGUUGUAUGUAAGUAAAAUGCACUGAUGGGAUCUGAGUGUGCCCUGCGGACCCAUGGGAAAGCACCCCAUCCCAAGGCUGCAAAGCCGGACUCAGGGAUUUCCUCUGACCAGCAGUGCUGACCUGGGAGCUUACCUUCCUGUCUAUCUAGACCAGACUUCAUUACAUGCUUGAACUCUG